AUGGCUGACGAGCUUUCCGCUGAGCAAAUCGCUGAAUUUCGAGAAGUUUUCUCUCUUUUUGAUAAAGAUCAGAGUGGAACGAUCACAGCCGGUGAAUUGGGAACAGUGAUGAGAUCUUUGGGACAAAACCCCACUGAAGCUGAGCUACAAUUGAUGAUAAAUGAUGGGGAUUCGGAUGGGAAUCGAACCGUUGAUUUCCCGGAGUUUCUCCAAAUGAUGGCACAAAAGAUGAAAGCACCAGCCGGGGAGGACGAUUUACGAAAAGCGUUUCAGGUUUUCGAUAAAGAUCAGAAUGGUUUCAUCUCUGCUGAAGAAUUACGUCACGUACUGACAUCUUUGGGUGACGCUUUAACGGAACAAGAAGUCGAAGAAAUGAUCGAAGAAGCUGAUGUGAAUGGAGAUGGACAAGUCAACUAUGAGGAGUUCGUCAAAAUGAUGGCUCAACGC